AUGUUAGAAUCACUUGCUGCUAAUGUUUUGAAUAGACUGUUAGGUGCAUACAUUGAGAACUUCGAUCCUGCACAAUUGAAUGUUGGGAUAUGGAGUGGUGAUGUUGUAUUGAAAAAUAUGAAAUUGAGGAAAGAUUGUUUAGAUUCAUUAGAUUUACCUAUCGAUGUCAAAUUUGGUGUUUUAGGGAAUUUAGUCUUGACUGUCCCAUGGUCAAGUUUGAAGAACAAACCGGUUAAAAUUAUAAUUGAAGAUUGUUUUCUAUUAUGUGCCGCCAGAGAUCCAUUGAACUGUGAUACACAAGAUAUCAUUGCAAGAGAAUUAAGUUUGAAAUUGAAAAAAUUGGCAGAAUGGGAAUUGAGAAAUCAACAUAUCGAUUCAAUAGAUACUAACAAUGAAAAUAACGAAACUUUUAUGCAGUCAUUAUUAACCAAAAUUGUUGAUAAUUUACAAAUUACAAUUAAAAAUAUUCAUAUCAGAUAUGAAGAUACCAAAUGUGUCCUAUCAAAAGAACCGUACUCUUUGGGAAUAACAUUAAGGGAAAUAUCAGCAGUAUCGACUGAUGAAGGUUGGGUCCCAAAUUUUAUAUCAAUUAGUAGACCAAUUACACAUAAAUUGUUAACAUUAAAUUCUCUUUGUUUAUAUUGGAAUGUUGAUUCAACAAACAUUGAAAACUAUAAUGAAAAUGAAGACUUCGAUACUACUGUUGAAAAGUUUAAAAGAGCAAUCUUAUCUUCUGAGACUGAAGUAGAUAAUUAUCGUUAUCUCUUAAAACCUAUAAAUGGUAUUGGUAAAUUGAGUGUGAACAAACUGGGGUCAACUGAAGUUCAACCUCAUAUUUUAUUAGAAAUGGAGUACGAUGAAUUUUCCGUUGAUCUAGGAGAUGUAGAAUAUGCUAACUUGAUGCACACGUUAUCAUCUUUACAAAUCAACAAAGACAUAGAGAAAUAUAAAGGAAGAAGACCUCUAUGUUCAGUAACUGACGAUCCAAAAGCUUGGCUAAAAUAUACAAUACAAACAAUAGCAGAAAAAAUAAAAUCGGAAAAUCAAAAAUGGACUUGGGAAAAUAUAAAGAAAAGUUGUGACCAAAGACGUGAAUACAUUGCGCUGUGGCUAGAUAAAUUACAAUUACCAACCAUCGACGAUGAAUUAGCCGACUCUAAGAAGCAACAAAGGCUUAGCGAGCUAGAAAGUGAAUUAAGCUUUGAGGCUAUUAUCUUAUAUAGAUCUAUGGCCAAAAAAAUGAAUGCUCAGCUUCAAAAAGAAAAUGAUAAUCAGAUAAAAGACAAUGAGUUAAAUCGUGCUUCUCAGAAUUCAACUGGCACGUGGUUAUCUUCAAUUUGGACAGGCAAACCUCUUGCUGAAACUCAAAAGGAAUUAGAACUUUCUGAAGAGCAGAGAAAAGAGUUAUAUGAAGCCAUCGAGUUUACAGAAGAUGAUGAUGCUAUUUUACCAAUUCCAAGUGACCGAGUAAAAUUAAAAGUUACAAGUGUUCUGAAAAAGGGGUCUUUUUCGAUUAUAAAAAGAGAGAAUGUUAGAAAACUAGGCGAAAUUAUCUUUGAGGGUUGUUCAUUUCAUUUCUGCCAGCGCCCCCACUCUUAUUUGGCUUCCUUCCAAAUACACCAAUUUAGAUUAGAAGAUGGGUCUCCAAACACUUUAUAUAAACACAUAAUUAGUGUGAAUGCCUUAAAAACCUUACUACAGGAUGAAACUACAUCCCAAGAUCCAGAAACUGAGCCUUUGUUAGAUAUUUCAUACGACAGUAACCCGCUCAACAAUGAGGCAGACACUAAAUUGUCAAUCAGAUUACGUGGUAUGACCGUGUUCUACCAUGUUCAUUUUAUAAAUGAAAUCAUAAACUUUUUUAAUCAGCAAAAUGACAAUCAAGACACAAUUGGUGCAAUAAUUAAUGCUGCUGAAACAACCAUGGAGGGAUGGACUUCUCAGACUAGAAUGGGCUUAGAAGCAUUAUUAGAGGAACAUAAAACUAUUGAUUUGAACCUAGAUUUACAGGCACCAUUGAUUUUAUUACCUUUAGAUCCUCAUAAAUGGGACACGCCUUGCGCAGUUAUCGAUGCUGGUCAUAUUAAGGUCACAAGUGAACUAAUUUCAAAAGAGAAGAUUAAAAGCGUAAAGGAAAUGUCCGUAGAAGACUAUGAUAAGAUUGAUGGAAGUGAAAUCAAUAGAUUAAUGUUUGAUAGAUUUCAUGUAAGUGCUCAGGAUACUCAAAUCCUGAUUGGUCCCGAUGUAAGAAGAACUAUCUCAAGUUUAGCUGAGUCCAAUGUCACCAAUAACUUUAGUAUAUUAGAAAAAAUAUAUCUAAACCUAAUAGUAGAUGUAUCGAUACUUCCAAAAGCCCAUAAUUUACCCAAAAUAAGGAGUUUUGUUUCAUUACCUGAAUUAAGCGUCUCUUUAAAUGAUGAACAGUAUAAAUAUAUGAUGUUAAUUAUUAACAAUAUUAUGCCAACACCAAUUGAAUUAAAUUCUGAUGAGUUUUUAAAUAGUGAUAAAGGUAAUGCUUAUAUUGAAUCAAAGAAAAUGGAAAUUAAAUUGGCCCAAACUGCUAAUAUGUUGAAAAAUAAAUCAGAAUCUGAAUUGAAUCAGAAGCUACUUGAUAUCAACUUUGAUAUUAACAAUAUAAAUUUAACAGUUUAUCAUUGUAAAGAUACACAGACCAUGAAGAGUACAAAGUUAAUAUCUAUUGUUGGAAACUCUUUGAAAUUCAAUUUUAUUCAAAGAGUGAAGGAGAUGAAAGUUAAUAUUUUAAUAAAUUCUUUGGAUGUUGACGACUAUAUCGUGAUGGAUAAUUUAGGUUCAUUACCAACUAAGCUAAUUUCUUCAAAAAGUAAUUUAAAUGAAACCUCAACAGAUUUGUUUCAAGUUGACUAUCUCAGACAACAGAGAAUUGUUAACCAUGAAGGUACGUUAAUUGAAGUUUUUGAUCAGAAUGUAGAACUUGACAUGGAACAGUUACAUUUAUCUUUGAAUGCUAAAUCUGUUUUGACUCUAAUUAAUUACUCAUUAACUACGUUUAUCGAUCCUACAGGUGCUGAAGCCCCUGCUGAUGUAUUGCGCCACAACGAUGAAGAUAGAGAAGAUGCGCCACAGAAGACGUUGAUGAAGAUCAGAAUGGCUGGAUUAACAAUGGAUUUCAAUGAAGAUAAUAUAAAUAUAGCUAGCUGGAUAUUAACUGCCGGAGAAUUUUCAUUGAUUUUGUUACCUGAAAGGAUGAAAAUAUCAAUGAAAUUAGGAAAUAUGGAGGUUCUAGAUGGAAAUUCUUCAAAAACAUUUAAUAAUGAAUUCAAAAAAUUAAUCACUUUAGAAGGUGAAGAAGAAGUAGAACUUAUCUAUGAGACUUUUGAUCCAGCCGAUAACGAUAAAGAUUAUGACUCGAUUUUUACAUAUAAAGCUGCUUCGUUGCAUAUUAAUUUUGUCGAAGAAUCUCUAAAUCGCAUAAUAUCCUACUUUAAUAAAUUUAUGAGAAUGAAAAGUUUGUUUGAGAAGGCACGAGAAGUAACAUAUAACCAAACACCAUCCAUUGAUUCCGUAAACAAUAUGAAGUUAGAUGUUAAUAUUAGAAGUCCUAUCAUUAUAUUCCCAAAACUCUCCGAGUGGUCAGAUGAGCACUUUGAUAAACUUGAAUUCCAUUCUGGUGAUUUCAUAGUUUCCAAUGUUUUUAUCAUGGCAAAUGAAGGUCACAAAAUUAAUGACAUUUUAAUAAAUAUUAAAGAAUGUAUGCUUUCUUCUGUGAUAAAUUUAGAGAGUAACUCAAUUCAAGACUUUAACAUUAUUAAAGAUUUAGGUUUAGAUUUACAGGUAAAACACAAUCCACAUUCUAAGAUUGAUGAACCUACAUUCAAUGUCAAUGGUGUAUUCAAUACACCUCCUACUUCUCUAACAGAACUGCAAUUGUCAUUUUUGUUUUCUUUAUCUGAUAGAAUAAUGCAAGCCUUUUCUAUAGAUGACGUCCAAUCUGAUGAGUUAGAUAAGGAAUUGCAUUAUGUCAAUCAUGUUGUUGACACUGCUAGUGAUGACAAUUUAUCUUCGUCUGGACUAAUUGAUAGUAUAAAUCCUUCGCCACAAUUAAAAAAGGCAGAUGAAGAAGGUGUAUAUGUUGAUUUCUCAUUCGAAAUUCCUGAAAUUAUAAUAUCUUUGUUUAAUAAUACUGUCGAAUGCACUAAUUUAGACAAAUAUGGAUUAACAAAGUUUAAAUUUGAAAAAUUAGGUGUCAAAUUAAUUACAAAUUACAAUGGUACUCUCUCUGGUGAGUCCUUUAUAGGAUCAUUCACAAUUGAUGAUAUAAGAGAUAUCAAGGACAAUAAACAUACCGAAUUAAUUCCAAAAUUAAGUGCUGUUGAAAACUCCUUUAUUUCUAAAGUUUCUCGAAUUUUGGUCAAUGGUUCGCUAACUACCACUCUUUCUAUAACAAUUGACAAUCCUAUGGUAAUCUUAGCAAUGGAUUACUUAUUUGAACUGAAAUCAUUUUAUGAUAACUCUAUUGGAUUAGCAAGCAAAGUUGCUGUAAGUGGCACCGUAAACCUACCAUCAGAAGCUGAGCUUAAACCUACCGAAGAUGAUAUUCAGAGCAAUCCAUUUCAAUAUACAUUUUCUAUUAUAAAUCCCCAAGUUAUAUUACUGGCUGAUGUAUCUGAUAUUAAAUCUGAAGCUGUUGUAUUUAAAGUUGGAGAGAUUCAAUUUUCAAGCCAAAAUAUACAGUCAUUACUAGUAAAUAAUGUUGGUGUUUUCCUUUCAAAACUCAAUUCUGAGAAUGAUUAUAAAGUACGUUUGUUAGAUGAUUUUUCAUCUUCAGUUAUAAUUGAUCAGCGUAAUUCAACAACAGAAAAUAUGUUAACGGAAAUAACUUCAUCAAUCGAACCUUUGCUAAUGAGAAUUUCACUUAGAGAUAUAAGAUUAGCAAUGUUAAUUUUUAACAAAACUGUCGCGUUAAUGAACAAGGCAUCUCAAGAAAGUUCAGCGAAGAGAAAAUCAUUAACAGAUUCUGUUUCAAAGGAGGAGAUUCCGACAGGUACUGAUUUAAACACCACUUCUAAAGAAUUAGUUAAGAGAAAAUCUAAUGAUGCAAACAGUACUAUUCCUACAAUUCUAGGUGAAAAUUUACACAUAGAAGUAGGCGGACUAAGGCUUGUGUUAAUUGGUGAUGUUCAUGAGAUGCCGAUAUUAGAUAUGAAUAUAAAUGCUUUUGAAGUUUUUGCUAAAGACUGGUCUACUGAAUUAGAUGCUAUGGCAACGCUCGAAACAUAUGUUAAUGUUUUCAAUUAUGCUAGAUCAAGUUGGGAACCAUUGAUUGAACCCGUACCAAUAUCAUUUCAUUUAUCAAAUGGUCUUGAUGAAGAUUCGUGCAUGGUAUUUGAGAUCGUGACAAGGAAGAUCGCUGAAAUUACAUUAUCUUCUAGAUCUCUUUCUAUGUUAUCACAAAUACCUAAUUCAUUGUCAGGUGAGUUGAUCUUAAAACCUAGGGGGUUAGAAAAACCAUACAUUUUAUAUAACGACACUGAGUUAAAUAUUAAUGUGUGGAAGGUAACUGACACACAAGACGAAAGAAUCAACCUAAUAACUCUCGCACCUGGUUCUUCGUUACCAUGGGAAUUUGAAGAUUGGAGAACAGUGAGAGAGAAAUUAGAUAUCGAUAAUAAGAGAAGUAUGCUUGGUUUUGCCAUUUCUGGAUCAAAAUAUUCAACAACCAUGAAAAUUAACGCUACAAAUGAAGGUGAACAGCUAUUUGUUUUGGAACCUCCAGUUGAUCAUGUUCAUAAUAGAUUAAUCUGUGAUUUGAAAUCUACUGAGGACAAUAUCAAGAUGAUAACGUUCAGAUCAACUUUAAUUUUGGAGAAUACUACUGAGAUUGAUAUUCAAUUUAUGGUUAUCAAUGAAAAUAAUCCUAAGCAAAUUAUUCAUACAGUCUCUCCAUCUGAUACAAAAUCUAUCCCUUUAGAAAUGGCAUAUUCUAGUAUUAUUUUAGUGAAACCAGUAUCUGAUGACUUUUUAUGGCCAGAUCAAAAGAUCCAAUGGAAAGACUUAUUAACUAAACCAAUUUCAAUUGAGUGUAAAUCGGAAUCCACCGAAGAGAAGAAAUAUUACUUUGAAGUGAAUGGAAAAUUUGAUACUAAAGAACCUUUGGCAAAGAUUUUUCCACGCAUGAAAAUUAUUGUUUCAUCGCCAAUAGUGAUUGAGAAUUUGUUACCUUGUGAUUUAAACUUUUCAUUGAUUGAUAAGCGUAAAGAUGGUAAUAAUUAUACAUUCCUAGAGAAACGUGGUAAAAUUUUCAUUCAUGAUGUUUCCUUGGAUACUUUCCUAUUACUAUCUGUUCAACCAUUGAUGGAUAAUGCAAUACCAUCAAAACCUGCAAUUGUUAACACCCCACCGAAAAGUUCAUUGGAUACUGAAACGGACGUUUCAUUGACUUUAGAUGAUGGUGAGCAAAUGUUGAAACUUAAGUUAUUUUACCAAAGUGUGGAGGGCACAAGAGCUAAAAUUAUUAGAAUUUAUUCCCCUUACAUAAUUAGAAAUUCUACUGGUAAGGAAAUUUUUAUUCAAGAUGGAAAUGGAAAUUUAGCACAGUCUAGAUUAGUAUUAGAUUCGCAGAAUUCUUAUUACACUACACCAAAAAUGUUUUCUUUCUUAGGUGGUAUUUACGAUAAUAAUAGGGCUAAUAUUCGAUUUAAGGAUUCCGAUUGGAGUAUUCCAUUAUCAUUUGAUGCAAUCGGACAAUCCCAUGACGUUGUGUUGAAUAUACCUAACAAAAAUCAAGAUUCUAACCUUGGAAUGACUGUAUAUGAAGGGGAAGGAAAAUAUUCUUUGAGUAAAAUCAUUGAGUUUGCUCCAAGAUAUAUGGUUUAUAGUGAUUUAGAUUUUGCGAUUGAGUUAUGUGAAGCCGGAUCCACUGCUUCAAUGGAAUUGGAAGCAAAGGCAUCUGUUCCAAUGUACAGAAUGAGAAAUAUUGUCAAUAAGCAAUUAAAAAUUAAAUUUUUAGGUGCAAAUACUGAUUGGUCUUCUCCAUUUUUCAUUAAAGAUGUUGGUUCUACUUUCUUAAAGGUACUGAAAACCGACAAAACACAUAUGCUAUUGAAAAUCGAAAUUGUGUUAGACAAAGCCACCUUAUUAAUAAGGAUAACUGAUGGAAAAAAUCUGUGGCCUUAUUCUAUAAGAAAUUUUAGUGAUCAAGAAUUUAUUUUUUAUCAACGUGAUCCUAGAGUAAUUGACGAUUAUUAUGAAUCCGAAGAAGUAGAGGAGAUAACUAAUAUCGAGUAUAAGCCUUUAUAUUAUAGGGUUCCUGCUAGAAGUAUUAUGCCAUAUGCCUGGGAUUAUCCAGCUGCUAGACAAAAGAGAAUGAUUUUAACGUGCAGAGGUAGGAAAAGGGAAGUAAAUAUUGCAGAGAUCGGUAAUUUAACACCAAUGCGUUUACCAGGAAACGCUCCAAAUGAUCCCGUAGAUAUGGUUGAAAUAAGUGUUAUUGCUGAUGGUCCAACACAAGCAUUAACAAUUACUAAUUAUUCUCAAAGUUCAAGUUUAUAUAAGUUGAAUACAAAGUUCAAUGCCUCAUCAUCAUCCAUCAAUAGCUCAAGAGAGAUAUUUGAAGGAAAAGAAGUUAAAGAGACAAUCUUCAGAAAGUUGAUUAUUAAUUUUAAAGGCUUAGGUGUUUCUUUCAUUAACAAACGUUUACAAGAAUUAUUUUAUUUAAGUAUUAGUGAUGUCAAAUUAAAAUACAUCGAUUCUGAUCUAUCACAAACUUUCUCCUGGAGUGUACAGUGGCUGCAAGUAGAUGACCAAUUGUUUAAUGCAAAUUUCCCUAAUGUUGUAUACCCUACUUUAAUUGAAGGUGUUGCAGCAGAUAUGAGCGAUCGUCCAGUUUUAUUAGGUUCCGUUAGCAAAUUGAAAGAUGAUAAGUAUGGCGUUCUUUAUUUUAAGCAUUUAACUGUAUUGCUACAAGAAUUAUCUAUUCAACUUGAUGAAGAUUUCCUUUACGCUUUAAUUGAUUUUGUGAAGGUACCAGGAGCUGCAUGGAACAAGAAUACCCAAGAAGUGAUAUACAAUGACAUAGUUACGCUACCUGAAUUCAAGGAACUAAAGCUAUCGGAAGAUGUUUACUUUGAAGUAUUCCAUAUUCAGCCUACUAUGUUACACUUAUCAUUUGUUAGAUCCGAAACUAUUACUAAGGAAGAUGAGGGUGCAUCUAAGCUUGAUGAUUCUGAGCGUAAUACAAGAACUUUAUCGUUCUUCAUCAACGUUUUGACUAUGACAAUUGGUAAUGUUAAUGACGCAGCAAUAAGGAUGAAUUCCUUGUAUAUGGAUAACCUAAGUGUGCCUGUUGAUACAUUAAUAAAUUCAAUUCGUACCCAUUAUGGACAACAAUUUAUUUACCAGUUACAUAAAAUUCUGGGUUCUGCUGACUUUUUGGGUAAUCCUGUCGGUUUAUUCAAUACAAUUAGUUCUGGUGUUUGGGAUCUCUUCUAUGAGCCUUACAAGGGCUAUAUUAUGAAUGAUAGACCCGGUGACAUUGGUAUCAAUAUUGCCAAGGGUAGUUUAAGUUUUGCUAAGAAGACAGUAUUUGGGAUAUCUGAUAGUAUGUCUAAAGUUACAGGAUCUAUGGCUAAAGGACUUUCUAUAACUCAAGAUAUGGAGUUUCAAGAAAGCAGGAGACUGCAGAAUCGUAUUACUAACAACAGCCGUAAUGUGCUUGCCACAUCUGCUCAGUCGUUUGCUACUACUAUCGGUAGUGGUCUCUCCGGAAUAGCCUUAGAUCCAUAUAAGGGCGUCCAGAAAGAAGGAGCUGCUGGGUUUAUAAAAGGUAUCGGCAAGGGUUUGUUUGGUUUGCCGACAAAAACUGCGAUCGGAAUACUUGAUUUGACUAACAACUUAAGUCAGGGAGUUAAGAGUACCACAACAAUUACGAACGCCACGACGAAUCCCGGUAGAGUCCGGAUGACAAGGUACAUCGGCCAUGAUAAUAUUAUAAAGACGUACAAUCUGCGCGAGGCACAGGGCCAAUGCUGGCUAAAGACUGCGAACGGGGGCGUGUACAUGAACGACCGUUAUCUUGCACACGUUGUGCUGCCUGGCCGUCAACUUACGGUCGUUGUUUCAAUGCAGCACAUUGCUGAAAUCAAAAUCGCCGACGAGGAGAUUAUGUGGUCGACCGCGUACCAGGAUAUCCAAGGUAUCAUCCUAGAGAAGGGUGGCAUUGAGAUCAAAUUGAAGUCACAGGCCGAGUACUUUAUCCCUAUUGCUGACAGACUCGAGCGAAAGUCCAUCUACCGUAACAUCGCCAUCGCCGUAACGGAGUACAACAAGUACUGUGAGGCCACUCUCUGA